ACUCGACUCAAGGGUGCGCCCGUUGCUGGAUGGCUACUUGAUGCCUAUGGGGGAUCCGGCGCGGGGAUUGUUGCUUAUAGGCCUGCCAUGUACUAUGCUGGCUCAUUAUCAGUGGGGAGUACCGGGUUCAUCCUCGGGGUUCGUGUCCUAACUACGAAGACAAAUCUGUUUACCUUCGCCUAAUGAAAACCCUGGUUCUUAUGCUUUCAAUCAUGAGUUUGGACCACAUGGUGCUCCCACAUGAGUUUUCGGAAGGUCAUGUGCAUGGUACGCCUUCUUCGCUCUUAGUGUUGUACCCUCUCAAAACCCGGUGGUAUGAAUGUGGUCGCGGAGUCGCGGUACGGGACGCCUUAGAAUCGGAAAAACUCAAGCAAACUUGUUCCUGAUGGCGCUUGCGCUACAAGCUCAAGCUGGAACCAUUAUGUGGUUCAAUAGCACAAACGUGAUUCCUCUGGGGAACGGUCGAUUGGGCGCACAGGUAUUAGGCCAGAUUCCCGAAGAGGUGAUCAUUCUGAACGAGGAUCGUAUCUGGUCUGGAUCACUUAACGACCCGAAUAACAGGAAUUGUUCGACAAACCUUUCUGCAUUUCGGCAGUACGUUUGGUGCGUAACAUAUACUCAGUCUGAGAGUGCGUUGAGCUUGGUGUAUGCGGAAUGCAUGGCGACGCCUAUCAGUCAACAAGUCUACCAAAGUGUGUUAUGUCUUUUCGUGGUUCUCAGACUGAAUAUAACACAUACUGACUCUUAGCGGCUGGUAAUAUGUCACUCGCAACGUCGCAUUCUGGAGUAAUCAGUGGUUAUAACCACUCGUUAGAUUUGGCCACUGCUGUAUCUACUACAACCUACGUCUACGAGGGAGUCCAGUAUACACGAACGGCAUUUGCCAGUCACCCCGAUAAUGUCAUCGUCAUUCUUAUGUCGGCCAAUGCAACCCAGUCUGUC